AUGACGAUGACCUUUGACUACAACGCUAUCAAGAGCAACAUUAUCCCUAACAAGGCUGAAAAGUAUGCCUACGGCACUGCUGGUUUCCGUACAAAGGCUGAUCUGCUCGACUCUAUCAUGUACAAGGUCGGCAUCUUGGCUACGCUUCGUUCCAAAAAGCUCAAUGGUGCUACUAUCGGUGUCAUGAUUACUGCAUCCCACAAUCCUGAAGAGGAUAAUGGUGUCAAAUUGGUUGAUCCUCGUGGUGAGAUGCUUGAACAGUCGUGGGAGACUUACGCCACCCAACUUGCCAAUGCCAACGACGGCGAGACCCUUGCACAGGUCAUUGAUCAAAUCGUCAGUGCACAUAGCAUUGACUUGGAAGCACCUGCUAAUGUCAUUUACGCUCAUGAUACCAGACCAAGCUGCCCUGAACUUGUAAAGUGCCUCGAAUCAGGAUUGAAGGCUGCUGGAGCCAAGAGCACUGGUUAUGGAUUGAAGACCACUCCCAUGCUUCAUUAUCUUGUACGCUGCCUCAACACCGCCAACACUCCUGAUGCCUAUGGUGAGCCUACUGAAGAAGGUUAUUACAAGAAGCUCUCCCAAGCUUUCAAGACAGCUGUGGCUGGUAAACCUACCCUCUCUACCUUGCACGUCGAUUGCGGUAACGGUGUAGGUGCUCCCAAGCUUGCUGAAUUGGCCGAGUAUAUUGGAUCCGAUGUCUUGUCGAUUGAUGUCGUCAACAAAGAUACCACCACUUUGGGCAAGUUGAACAAGGACUGUGGCGCCGAUCACGUCAAGACCAAGCAACAGGCUCCUGUCGGCUCUACUCUUGUUCCUGGUGGUCGUUAUUGCUCAUACGAUGGUGAUGCUGAUCGUAUCGUCUACUAUUACGCUAACAAUGAUGGCGUAUUCAAGUUGUUGGAUGGUGACAAGAUUGCUGGCCUUGCUGCUAUGUUCAUCAUGGAGCUUGUUCAAGAUGCCAAUAUCGAGACCAUCAAGGUCGGCGUUGUUCAAACCGCCUAUGCCAAUGGUAGCUCCACCAACUACCUUACCAAUGUCCUGAAAGUACCUGUUUCCUGCGUCCCAACCGGUGUGAAGCAUUUGCAUCACGAAGCCGAGAAAUAUGACAUUGGUGUCUACUUUGAAGCUAACGGUCAUGGCACCGUCCUUUUCAGCCCUGAGGCUCUUCACACAAUCAAGAAUGCAGAGGCUAAGACACCUGCCCAACAGCGUGCCAUUUCUCAAUUGCAAGCUCUCACCGAGUUGAUCAACCAAACUGUGGGUGAUGCCAUCUCAGAUAUGUUGCUUGUGGAAGCCAUCCUUACCAACCGACAAUGGAGCCUUGAAGAGUGGGAUCAAGCUUACACAGACUUGCCUAACCGCCUUGUCAAGGUGAUUGUGGCCGAUCGUACCAUUUUCAAGACUACCAAUGCUGAGCGUCAGCUUGUGGAGCCUGAAGGUCUUCAAAAGAAGAUCGAUGCUACUGUUGCAAAGUAUUCGCAAGGCCGUUCCUUUGUUCGUGCUUCUGGUACCGAAGAUGCUGUGCGUGUCUACGCCGAAGCUGCUACUCGUGCUGAAACAGAUGAACUUGCAUACAAGAUUUCACUUCUCGUGUUCAACGAAGCUGGUGGUGUCGGCAAACCCCCCAUGAUGCCAUAA